AUGCCCACUCAGAGUCAGACCACUGCCAACGUGGCAGAUCAGAUCGAGGUGAUUCCCGGGACGGUCCACUUGGUCGACGCCCAGGGAAGUAUGGACUCGCAGCACGCCAAAGGAGCGGAGCACGACAUUGUUCUCGUUCCAGCCCCGUCAGCUCAUCCGGAUGAUCCGCUGAACUGGUCGCCGAGGAGGAAAUACCUCUCUGCGUUUUGCAUGGCAGCUUAUGUACUUGUUAUUGGCAUUUGCUCGUCUGCGCUGUACUCGACUUUGGGACCGCUGUCAGAGUCUACUGGCCUGAGCUACAAUGAUCUGAACUCUGGGACUGGAUACAUGUUUCUCUUCUUCGGCUGGGGAUGCAUCAUCUGGCAAGCCAUCGCCAUCCAGUACGGCAAGCGACCUGUGUAUCUGUUGACGACAUUGGGCACUUUAGGCGUCAUGGUCUGGCAGCCACAUGUGCGAUCAAACGGGGAGUGGAUCGCGACCAAGAUUCUGCAGGGCAUCUUUGGCGCGCCGAUUGAGUCUUUGGCGGAAAUUACUGUUUCAGACGUCUUCUUCACCCACGAACGAGGCAAGUUCAUCGCUCUCUAUGCUCUCGCACUCGGUUAUAGCAACGGCAUCGCUCCACUCAUCAUGGGCUUCAUCAACGAUGGACAAGGGUAUCAAUGGGUAUUUUACUGGUGUGCCAUCUUCUGCGCCGUCCUGCUCCUCAUCAUCUUCUUCUUCAUGGAAGAGACCAAGUUCGAUAGAGUAAAGUAUAUGAAAAGCAACCAUAUCGAAGGACAGACCGUGUCUAGCGCGAAUCAGACAUCGACUGGGCCCGAUACCAAAGACGAUCUCGAUACGAAGCACGACGCUGAACAAGACCAAGUCGCGACUACCACUCUCACCAACGUGAGCGCACCUAACGAGACUUUCGACCUCGAAAACCCCGAGUUCAGCAAGAAGUCACGCAUCUCUCGCCUGAAACCCAUUGAGCGCAAGAACCUGAAAGGCGAGAACAGACUCAUCAAGCUCAUAAGCCGACCGAUUCUCCUCCUCGCGUUUCCCAUCAUCUCAUAUGCUGGUUUCAUCUAUGGUUGCAAUAUUGUCUGGCUUUCUGUUCUGAACGCGACAGAGUCUAUGGUUCUGUCGAACAAGCCUUAUAACAUGCCUACUUCGACAGUUGGGCUGACAUUCAUCGCUCCCCUUGUUGGAACAACCCUCGCGUGCAUCUACACUGGAAUCUUUGGCGAUAAAUUCAUCAUCAAGAUGGCACGUCGAAACGGGGGCUUCAUGGAGGCUGAGCACCGACUCUGGCUAUUCCUGCCCUCUCUCAUCCUCAUUCCCUUUGGGUGCAUCUUGUUCGGUGUCGGAGCUUAUUACGAGGCGCAUUGGUUCUCAAUCGUCUUUGCGAUGGGCGUCAUCUCUUUCACCACGACUGCCGGUUCGCAGAUCUCCAUUGCGUACUGCAUCGAUUGCUAUCGCGAUCUUGCAAGUGAAGCCUUGGCCACUGCCAUCAUUAUCCGGAAUACGAUGGCUUUCGGUAUUGGAUAUGGUGUCACUCCUUGGGUUGUCAACCUGGGCUACCAGAAUGCUUUCAUCCUGGGUGCGUUCGCUGGUCUGGCACAUAACCUGACAAUCUUCCCCGUCAUGAAAUGGGGACGGGCUUUGCGUCAGCGAAGUGCGGAGAAGUAUUGGAGCACUGUCAAGGAGGGAGCAGAUCUGGACCUCAACCAUUGA